AUGUCACGCAAUUUUAACAACUGGGGUAGGGGAAGGUCAAGACCUAGUUCCCGGUCUAGAGGAAGACACUGGGGAAAUCAACAGUAUAAUGUACCUCGUGGUUUGCGAGGCAAAGAAAUUGGACUGUAUUUUAGAGAUCUAAAUGCAAAAAAACAAAAAAAGGAUCCUACGAUCAAUCUUAAAAUUCCUGACAUGGUUUUGGCUGCAUUAGAUAACAAUUUAAAACAUGUUUUUAAAUUAGCUGCUCAGCAAAAUAUAUUACUUCCUAAAUUUGAACAAUUGGACAUUUUUAAAAAUAAUACAAGCACAGCAGGAGAGGUCAAGUCAGAGACAUGCUCAGAUAGUGAUGAUUAUAACACAACAUCACAAAAUAUUGUAAACUACACCUGUGAGGCAGGUCCAUCUGGUUCUGACUUUAUUCCUAAUAAAGAUGAGGGAGAGGAAUACAAAUCUAACCCUAAGCUCCUAGCAUUAAAAAAACUAUGUGAUUAUAAAUAUGGGUACGAAGACAUUAUAACAGGGACAUUCGAAGAGAAACUUGAUGAGUGCCUUAAUAAUGGUGUCAGUAUUAAUUUAGUUGAUAAUGAAACAGGAAAUCUCAAUACUGCUUUAUUUAUUGAAUACCAAGAUAUGUUAGAAAGCAAUGGUUAUAUAGAAAUGUUAAAAUUCAGGGAAAAAUUACCAGCUUAUGUAAAAGCUAAAGAUAUAAUAGACAAAAUCAAUCAAAAUCAAAUUAUGGUAAUAAGUGGAGAGACAGGUUGUGGAAAGUCAACACAAGUGCCACAAAUAAUUUUGGAUGAUGCAAUCUGUAAUAAUAGAGGUGCGAAUACAAAAGUUUUAGUGACCCAGCCCAGACGCAUAGCAGCAUCUGCUUUAGCUACAAGAGUGUCAAAGGAGAGGGGAGAGAUACUUGGCCACUCUGUUGGAUAUGCAGUAAGAUUAGAAAGAGCAGAAGAAAGACCGCGUGGUAGCAUCCAAUAUUGUACCACUGGUAUAUUGUUGGCUGAACUAGAAGUAAAUCAAGGGCUCACAAAAUACAGCCAUAUAAUAUUAGAUGAAGUUCAUGAAAGAGAUGUUCAUGUUGAUUUUUCUAUGUGUAUCUUAAAACAGGUGUUAAAAAAGCGAAAGGAUUUAAAAUUAAUUCUUAUGAGUGCAACUUUAGAUGCGGAAAGUUUAUCGAGUUAUUUUGAUAACUGUCCUAUGAUGCAUAUUGAGGGACUAGCGUUUCCUGUCGAAGACAUUUACUUAGAAGAUAUAUUGCACAUUACUAAGUUUAGACUACCACCAGAAAUGCCAAAGAAACAGCAGCCUAAAUGGAUAAAAUACAAAAAUAAAAAUGCAGAGGAUGACAUGGAGAAAGAUAUUUUGUAUAAACGUGAAAUAUGGCCUUGGCUCGAGUCUUUAAAAGACAAACUGAGUUAUGACGUUUAUAAAAUACUUCAAGACAGCAGAGUAGAGGAUUUAAGCCUGGAAUUAGUUGUAGAACUUUUGUCCUACAUUUGCAAAGGCAAACCAGGGGCGAUACUAGUAUUUUUACCUGGAAUAGGGGAAAUAACAAAGCUCAUGAGACUAAUGAAUGAGAGUAAUCGAUUUCCAACUAAUCGCUUUGAAAUACAUCCCUUGCAUUCGAAACUUCCAACUUUAGAACAGCACAAGAUCUUCGAAAGGCCCCCAGAAAGUGUAAGGAAGAUCAUCAUAGCAACUAAUAUAGCUGAAACGUCUAUAACAAUAGAUGAUAUAGUAUAUGUUAUAGACUGUGGAAAGAUAAAACUAAGUGGCCUAAAUGUGGAGAAGAAUCAGUCUACGUUGGCAGUUGAAUGGGUCUCGAAAGCUAAUUUGCAUCAAAGACGAGGUCGUGCUGGUAGAUGCCAACCAGGUAUCUGUUACCAUUUGCUAACGUCAUAUCGGGCUUCAGUGAUCCAAGACAGAUUAUCACCAGAAUUGCAAAGGAGCAACCUUUUGGAACCAGUGCUGAUGAUUAAGAGGCUCAGGCUAGGCAUGGUCGCUGAUGCUUUGAAAGAUUUCCCAUCAGUUCCUGCAGACUCAACUAUAUGCUGGGCAAUAAAACAUUUGCAGAAAUGCGGGGCACUGGAUGACACAGAGACGCUGACGGCGCUGGGCUGGCACCUGGCGCGGCUGCCCGUGCACCCCGCCGCCGGCAAGCUGCUGCUGCUGGGCGCGCUCUUCGGCUGCCUCGACCGCGCCGCCAGCGUGGCCGCCGUCUGGGGGUUUAAGGAUCCGUUUCAACUUGUUAUUGGUAAGGAAAGUAAAGUAGACAAAGCUAAACGUGACCUAGCUAUGGGGGAGCCAAGCGAUCACAUUGCCAUAUCCGAAGCAAUAAUGCAAUGGGAGGAUUGCUCUUACCGUAAUAAGCGAUCAUUCGCAUAUGAUAAUUUUCUAUCUAACAAUACAUUACAAUUGCUAUCCGAUAUGAAACAUCAAUUUGGUCAUCAUUUAAGGCAAAUGGGAUUUUUGACAUCUGGCAACAUUCGAUCGCCGUGGGAGAAUAGGAAUGCGAAUAACUUGAGUUUGUUUAAGGCUAUUGUUGCUGCUUCAUUGUAUCCAAAUGUUGCUCACGUCAAAUGGAGAAACUUAAAUAAACCUGGAAAAACAGCAAGAUUCUCAGCUCGAAAUGCAGAAGAUGGAAGGUUAACAGUACACCCGAGUAGUGUUAUGGCGAUGCCCAAAAUUCAAAAAGGUUGUGGGUUCAGUGGCCAACUAUGUAAUAGUCCUGGGGCCAAUUGGCUGGUGUAUUGGUUGAAACAACGCUCGAGUGAAUUGUUUCUUUUGGAUGUUACAUUGAUAUACACUCUGCCUUUGCUAUUCUUUGGCGAAUUCAUGGUUUGUGAUGAUGUUGAUGAUCCCGAACAUUGCUUAUUAUCAAUAACAAAUAUCAAAGUUCGUUGUAAACGAGAAAGUGCAAAUAAACUGUUUGAGCUAAGAUGUUUACUGGACAAAGUUUUAGCUUCUAAGAUAACAGAUUCGAGCAUUAAUUCGGUUCAGCACAAUGAAUUUGAAGAACAAGUGUUAAACACUGUUAUUCAACUGAUAACUGCGGAAGACGAACGAGCUGAAUAUAUAGAUGACUAUCAAGAUUCAGAUACUUCCGAAAAU